AUGGUCUCAGCUCAGAUACCUGCGUUACAGUCAGCAGUCAACAGCUCGGGUGUUGUUCUGGGCAUUAUAGCUCAGCCCUUUGCUGAGCUCUCUUGCGAUGAGAAGGACGUGCCUCUCGUUAACUAUGGAGAAUCAGGGCCAAUGAGAUGCCCGCGAUGUAGGGCGUAUGCCAAUCCUGCUUUCCAAUGGAUUGGUGGCGGCGAGGAAUGCAUUUGCAAUUUCUGCAACUAUGUGAUGGAGGUCCCACAGACUAUCUACGUAGUCUUCAUUAUAGUACCGGCUGCGACUAGCAGGCCUUCAGGUCCUGAUGGUUCCUCGACAGAGCGCCCACCAGGAUUCUGCUUUGUCGUUGAUAGUGGCUACUACAGUGUGGCGUCGGGCAUGUUCCAUCAGAUCAUUGCUAGCAUGCGGACACUGCUUCCGUACAUGUCAACAGCGAGCGAAAUAUGCUUAUCGAGCGCCUUGUUUGCGUGUCCACAUUCGAGACAAGAAGCCGUUCAGAGGCUGCUAGACUUAGUCGUGCGAGAGGUCGAGUCCAGUAGAAGUCCAGCAGUGACGACCGAUCGAAGUCCCGGAUGGAGGAAGGCUGAGUUGAUGCCGAAGAACCCUAAGCUGUGGUCAGACCUCCUGGCGGAAUGCGUGGCGAACGCUGAUGGAGAAGCUCUUCACUUCGACAUAGCUCGAGCAGUGACUAAGGCAGCUGCAUACGGAUGUGUCGUCCAGGCCCGUGUUUCUCGAGGUCUGUGUAUAGAGCGACAUCUGAGCAGAUGGUCUCAAACGGCUUCUAGACAUCCCGCCGUGCCUGAUCCUCGUGGAGGCUUUCUGUUUGAAUUCCCCGUCGCAUUCCUUUUCCUUAUGCGUAGAGUCUUCCUGCUGGUUCGUAAAGUGUUUGUUGGCAGAUUCUCGAUUUAUGUGGACGAGGAUCUCCCGGCGAGAUAUGCCUACUUCCAGCUGGCCGUGCUUCAUCAUAAUGCAGAGGGAAUCCGGUGA